CAAAAUGGCUGAAUGAUGGAAGUCUGCUGAUGCUCUUUUCGUGUUAUGGCCAAAAAGAUGCGAUUUAAUCAAAAAGAACUCGCUUAUAUCGCAUGCACGAGUGAUAUUCCAUUCGACAAGGAGGGUAUUCUUUGGCUGAAGGAAAAAGAGGGGUAUUUUAUUAAAAACGAAGUUUAUACAGAAAGAUGGUUUCGCCUCAAAGGCAACAUUUUAUUUUAUUUCAAGACAAAAGACAAGGCAUCUGAACCAGCUGGGGCAAUUGUGCUUGAAAGAUGCAAAGUGACCAAACAACCUACACAGUCAAUGAAACAUGCAUUUAAUAUUGCUUUUGAUGAAGAUGACACUCAGUACCACGUAAGUGGGAAAUCCACUAAAGAAACAGAUGAAUGGAUAGAAAAAAUCAGAAAUGCAAGCUAUGAAGCCUUAAGAAAUAAAUUAUCGAGCCUCAGAAAACAAUUAAUGGACAUGACAGGAAAGGAUCCACUGCCAGAUUCACAUCCACUAGCACAACAAGAGCCAUUGAAACCUGGAAUUGGAGAGUACUCAUCUUCAGCYAGUACUACAACAAAUCCAGAUGAGGCUCCACUUCUUGAAAUGUGCAUGGCAUGCAAUGGCUUGCGGUGCGUAGACGGAAGGCURCCAAAUACCUUUGUUGAAAUCAGAACAAUGACUCCACCAUCUGGAACCUGGAUAAAACAUGCACAGACUGAGAUUAUUGAGAAUAAAACAGACCCAUACUUUCUAGCAACAGUGGUAUUCCCAUCUAAUGGAACUAUACAAGAUGUUACUAGGUUAAAACUAGCAGUUUUUGAUGUUCUUGACAGAGAAAAGGAAGAAAUGUCAAUCCUUGGUCAAGCUGUGUGUACUAUCAAGGACAUCAUAUCAUCACCAGAUCAAAAACUUACACUUACAUUGACUUCUGUAGAUUCAUCAGCGCCAUGUGGUACAGUUGUGAUACUUGGUUGGCAGGGAGAAGCAGACUGCAGAUCAAGGGCAUCAACUCAUGACUCUGUAGACAGCUUAGAGGGUUGUUUAAGUGUAAGAAGAAACAGUUCUGGCAAAUCAAUGAGAUACGUAGAACAAAUUCUUACCAGGAGCUACAGAUUUCCAACCAAAGAGCCUGGACGAGCUUUAAAAGUAGUGGAAUUAAUGGGAGAAAGUACUCUUGCUUUCAAGAUUCCGAUUCAACUACUUAAAAUAUACAUUGCCGAAGAGCAUCAAAGAGCUUUGGAAUUGCACCAUUUAGGAGAUUUAAAUCCAGACUGGGAAAGUGCCAGACAUGCAGUCAUUGAAAAYCACUUCAAACUUAUUUUUAUAUAUAAAAACUUUUUGAGAGAUCUUGUCCCUCUACAAGGUAAUACUUUUAAAGCAAGUAAACAUAAGGCUCACAAACAGUUGCCAUUYAUCCCAGUUAAUCUGCAUUUGCAGCGAUUGAGAGUCAAUGAUGGAAUCCGUGAAGGUAAAGUGUAUGAUGUAAUAACAGUAGGAGCACCUGUUUGCCACACACUCAAAUUUAACCAGGGUGGWCUAAGGAAGAUGAUGGUGCAGUUAAAGAAAGAGCAACACAUAGACCCAGAUGCAGAGAACAAAGCAGCACUACUCAAGCAGUCAAGAGUUACUUUGGAAAGACUCAAACUUUCCAUAUCUCAGUUAUGYGACAGGCUGAAAAAGAGCAUGAAAUCACUUGUUGUACAGAGCAUUGUGGAUUCACUUGCAAACCUGUCAGACAAGACUAAUCAUCUUCUAAAGCUCAGGGAAAUCCCAUUAGUUACAGAGUCUUUGAGUGCUUUGGAGAAAGUUGUACCCAGACCUCGWGAUGAUGAACAGGGAGCUGCUGAAUCAUCUGAAUGGCAGUGGAAUGUAACUGCAUUUUCUAAUGAUAAAGCACAGGAACUCUCUAAGCUGGUGCAACAGACUUUGGCUGUGAUGCAAACYCACAUAAAUGUAAUGAUACAGGGUGCRAAACCACCUGAAGGUAAACAAUGGAAUGAUGUCAUCUUAAGUGAAAUCCAUGAUGUCUCAAGAGCAGCUGAUGGMCUUGCUAAAGAAAUCUACUUAGGUCUUGUCUUUGCACAGCUACAGGAGGAUUCUAGACAUGUAAUGCUUCGGUUUUCAAUCAAGAGAAGACAUGAUAUUGUGUUUGCACAUGCUGUUACGUCUCUGGUAGCAGGUUUUAUCAGCAAGCUUUAUAUCAAUUUAGAAAAUCAACAAUUCUGGCGUCAAAUGACAGAGAUUGGAUUCUURGCACAAUUUGAAAGUCUGCUAAGCACUAAUGGCGAUGAGAUGGGGAUGUUAGAAGAUAUGUGCAUAGGUGUGCAAAGCCUUACUCGGGUCAAGUUUAAAAUUAGAAACUGUGAACGAGAAGACGAAAUACCAGCCCUCAGUGGAAACAGGACAUCUAUUAUGGUGACCAUUCCUGUACAAGAAGAAUCCUUUCRCUUGCUGCCCAAAGAUGUCCAGGAAGGACGUGUUAUCAAAGUUAUUCCAGUAAUGUUUUCUCAAGGAAUCAAUGAGCAUGCAACGCUAGCUGAAAAGUUUGGUGAUACCUCCUUACAAGAAUACAUCAACGGUGACAACUACAGYAUCCUAAGUUUUUAUGCGCAACAAUUCAAAGACAAAUUUCCCGAAUUAUGUGUUUCACGUUACAAGGACGAUCCUACUCUUGAUAACCUUAUGGAGCACCUCAAAGUUAACGUUGAAAGUCGGAAAAACAAAAAUGUAGACAUCUUGUUACACAGCGAAGAGAUAUGUUGGAGGAUGAAUGGUGCGCGUUUUACAAGUUGUAAGAGCGCCAAGGACCGCACAGCUAUGGCGGUGAGCUUAGAACAGGCUUUGAUUCUCCAGAGAGAACACGACAUGGAUCCUAAUGUCUUUCAGCAGUCCAUUGAUGCCAUGAGAAGCAAUGGAACGAGAAUCGAAAAUACAAAGAAAAACACAGGAACGCGAAAGUAUGCAUUCAAUUAUUGGCAAGUCAUGGCUUUACCACGUUUAUACAGGCCACCAACAGGAACGUACGGAAAAAACGAAAAAUGAUUUUCUUUUCGGUUGCCYGCCAUGCUGGCGGUCUGCGGUUUCGCCGGAUUGCAGACCRCCGCCGGCGACGCCCUASACACUGAAUUUCCGRUUYUUAAUGGAAUAUAUAGAGCGGCUUUAUUCAAAGAAAAGAUAAAAAUACAUAGCAAGAUAAAAAUACAUAGCAAUAUUAGAAAUGAUAUAUUUUCUAGAAGUAUAGACGAUAAAUUAUAAUAGAAGCAGAUAUAUAGAGAUGCUUGAGAUGCUUGAGAUACUUGAUCUUUUUUACAGACACUCACAAGGCACGACGGUUUUUGAAAAUUGACAUUUCAAAAUAUCGUUUAAUUUGGUUCACAAGGAAGCAGAGAAACGAUAAUGUACGGGCUUCAAAAUCCCGCAAUUGAAUUUAUAACAACCUCGUUCCCAAGUCCAUAUCCCCUUCACCCUCGGUCUUGCGCCUGAGAUAUGGGUCUGGAACGAGGUUGGAUUUAUAAUACACAAUAAAGCUGAAAGAAGCUCUGAAAAUACUUAAAUAUAUGACUAAUAAAGCAAACAAAAUGUAGUCCAAAGYACAAUUUUACAUUUCAAUGCUAUAUUAAACUAUUUCAGUUACAG